UACAAGGUGAAGCAUUGACAUUUCAGUACAAUUUCUAUCUAAUCAGAGAUAGGAGGUGAUAAACAAUUCAAUAUUGACAUGGUGUAAUGGAUCGUGGCGGACGAUCGUCCUGACUAGCGGGGAAGAUGAAGACACCGUUAAUAGUGUGGAUUUUGUGGAUUUUAACAUCGUAUUUCGUGUGUGGAAUCGGUGCCAAUGCUAACCUGAACUGCUCUGACUACAAAGGCAACAUCAUCCAGGAUGGGAAGACAUUCCAGCCGACCAAGGACAUGUGUCAGACAUGUCAGUGUGACAACGGAUUCCCCAUCAUGUGUCAAUCUGUUAAGUGUGCCCCGCCAACGACGCCCUGUAACUGGAUACCACUCAUCGACCAGUGCUGCAAAUUUGAAUGUCCAGAAAAAGAUUUGACAGGAGGGGGAGAUAAUUCCAUCAACAGCACCAAACCUGUAGAUAAUGGGGUGGAUGAGGCAUCGUCAGACAGCAUCACCACACUGGGGCUUCGUCUGGUGGCCAGUACUGUCACAUCCUUCCUUGUGUUGGCUCUCCUGCUCUUCAUGGUUCACCGUCUACGCCAGCGUCGCCUCAUGAUGGCUAUGAGACGUUACCAAGACAGCCACCUAGAGCAAAUGGAUGAUUUUGACGAGAGAGUAAUCCCAGAGUACUGGCUUCAGUGUCCCCCAUACGAGGAUCCGCCACCUCCCUACACCCCUCCGAAGCCCGAUCAUCGAAUGCCCCCGAGGGAGGCACCCCCACCUUAUGAGGAAGUACCCAGCAACAAUAAUAACAUCAACAUGACUGACAUUAUCCAAAAUACACGACAACAUGGUCGUGUAGAGCAGGAAACGCCCCCUAAUGUCAGUCAUGUAAACCAUGUACGCCAGUCGUCUGACAGGAUACAGGAUGCCCUCAACACAGAGUUGUUACAGAGUAUACGCUUUCGUCAGCAACUGAUGUCUCUCAGCAGCUCGGAGGAGUCUGUGGAUUUAUCUGUACCCAAUCACAGGGCUCAUUACAUCCGCAAAUCAAACUCCACUGCCAAUACAGGGGGCCUAUGUAAUGGUAACAGGAACACUUCAGGGGCAGGUAACUCUGACCGGAGUAAACGUCACUCUGGCGUGCUGAGUGGAACCUGCAGGGUAGGUCAUAGUAACAGCUUUGCUGCCCCACCCUCCUUGCCCUGUGGGUAUGAUACUGUACCGUGGCACAAAACUGGAUACAGUCUUCCUCAAUCAUGUUCCAACACAGUUGUCACAAGGUCUAGGCAUGGAGGCCAGGAUCGCCCCAUCAGAAAGUCACAUUCGGGGUCAAGUAAUGUCAAACAAUGUUCACACAGAGGUGCAUUACAACAGGAACGAGGGUUACCUGAACCAGAAGAUAUGUGUAGAUUAGAGGAAAUGUCUUUGGAAUCCUACAAUAAUAACAAUUUAGGUACCAACACUAACAGGACGGCUGAUGGUGACUUGUUCAGUCAGCCAUCAGAACAACGAGUUGUUGCUGAUAUUACAGAUACAUUGGAAGGCUACGUUCCACCCUCCUUCCAGGAUCAGUCAGACAACAGAGGCACAGCUUCUUCUAAACGAAACAAGCCUCCCUCUCAUCACCAAAGAUAUGGUUCUCUCCCUUCCAACAUAUGCACUGACACGCAUAUGAGUGCCAGUCUUAGCGCAGGCCAUGUACGUAGUAGUUCACAGGACAGUGCUCAGACUGGAGCACAUGUAGAUCCAUGUCCUUUGUUACGCAGUAGUGAAAUGACAAUGCCUUCUAAUCGGUACAGUAGGGAUCAGUGUGAUAUUGUAGACAGAAAUGAACUGAUGACAUUUCGUUCACCUCGAAGGCCACAAAGUCUGGAGCAUCUUCGACAUCCUGGCCAUGCAUUUAAUGUACCAGACAUCUCAACAAUUUCUGAAUCUGGAUUGUCAGGAAAUGACAGCAUUUCCCAACAGCAACCUACGCAACAACAGCAGAAUUUACAGGACUUACAAGCACUUAGGGAACUAAGAUUAUCAAACUUAUUACGGAGCCCAGAGUGUGGUCCUGUCAAUAUUGCUAACUCACCUCCGUCACCUGUGCAGCCCCUGUCCAUUCAGGGUGCAGGCAUGCCUCGUUCAAGCUCCAUUGUGUCUGAUGUGUCAAUGUUUUCUGUGUGUUCAGAAACUGGAGAGAAAAAACUUUCCCAAAUCACUGGUCAAGCACUUAGGAGUGAUGCACAGUAUCCAGAAAAUGCUUUUGUAGGACGCCCGACACUUUCUGUGUUUUCAGGGGGAGACAAUUGUAUUUCAACAAAUAGGUUACCAAAGGCUAGUGAAAACGCUGCAAAUGGUAACAUUGAUAAUCAGAAUGGCAAUGAUCCGGAAAAUAGCAAAACUACGGUUGAUACGUGUGCAGGAAAUGAAUCAGGUUGUGAUAACAAUGACAGAGGUUUGGAUGUUGUUAAUCGAAGAAAAGACGAAAAACAGAAAUCUAGUAGGGAAAAUCGACUACCACACGUGAAAUUACGACACAAAAAUAAACACAGAACACAUAGGUCCUCAUCAGGUAGCACAUCUAGUGGUAAAAAACGACACUCGCUCACCUCUGAUUCACCUUCCGAGUCUGCUACCAGUGUACGACCUUUGCCAAGAUCAAGAUCUGAGGUCAAACAUACAGAGCAACUUUCUGCUCUGAGGAAGCAAUAUAGAACGAAAAAGGGGGAUCCCCAAUUUGUACACUGUGAUAUGAUGCCCCCUGCAGGGCACAGUCAUCAUUCUUUCCAUGGGGAACCUGAUUAUGUGACUUAUUCUCCAGGUGCCAAUAAUUGGGGUGAAGUUUCCGGGUUGUAUGCUGUUACUAGUAUUAUGGGCGAUGUGCGUCACUCAAAAUCAAAAUCAAAGUUGAGUGCUGCCAACAAAUCAGGAAGUGUAAGCAACAAACAACCAAACUCCCCAACUGAUGGAAGCUCUAGUCUGUUUUGUCCGACAAAUGUGGCAUUUGUAAAAAAGAAAGUGAAAUCAAGCAAGAGAGGUCGCCAUGGAAAUGCUGCUGAUCAAAGAUCACAGGAUAUCAAAAUCAGUGGCUACUCUCAAAACAAAAUCCUAAACAGUGAUUUAGACAUAGAGUUAUCUCCCAUGCAUGAACUCUCUGACAAAAGCACGAAAUUCAAAGAUAGCUGCAUUGUUGAUAAUAAAGACGGAGUGUUGUUGGAGUCUAGGUCCAAUAUGGAUAACAAUAAUUAUAGUAUGUAGUAGUGAUGUAUAAACCGACUGUUGUACAUCAUCCAGGAAGAGACACGACUAGGAGAUGUAUAGAUAUGAUUUUUUUCUCAGCAGUGUGUACUGGUUCAGUAAAGACUCAUUGUUCAGGACUGUUUUGUUUAAAAGAAUUAUCAGCUAAAAUCUGACAUUAGUAUGAUCAGAAGUAUCAUUAAAAACCAACUAAUUUCUAACUAUUGGCAUCUGGGAAAAUUAUUUUCUGGACAAUCAGAUGCCACAUUAAGAAAGUCUUUUCCACUCGAUAAGGAAAAUUUUCCCAAUCAUGAUUGUUAUUAUGUUUAGAAUGUCAUUCUGAAAUUUGUUGGCAUCUCCCCGUACUAAUUGAUGAGCUGUAUAUACCCAACCAGUCUUUGUUUGUCAUUGAAUCAGAAAUGUACAAUAAUGUCUGAUAUACUUUAAGAAAUCGUGAGCUUGUGAUCCAUUGGAUAACAUCAAGAACUUUUAAAGUUAUUCACUGGAGCUGUAAAGGAAUUUGUUUUUGUUUUUUUUGUCUUUGUCAAGUUCUCACAUUUUUAUGUGAGCAUUUGUCUAGUUUAAUCUCAUUUUGAAUCUCUUAAGAAAUUCUAUUAAUGCAUUUAUGCCUUAUUACACACAAAUUGAAAGUGUUCAAACAUUUAUAUUGGAUCUGAUUGGUUUAAACGCAGAAUAUUUCUUUUAAUACCUUAACAUACAAAUAAUAUAGAUUAAGGGGAGGAUGGUGAUAUGGGAAAACAUGUGCUGAUCAUAACUUGCUGGAAAGUUAAUAUUUCGAGACAUAUCUCUCAAAAUGUCUUUUUCACUGGCCAGGUAACAUCAGUGUUCACUGGCCAGGUAACAUCAGUGUUCACUGCACAACAUACUGCUUAACAUCAGAUGAAAAAAAUAAUAAUUCUUUUCAUAAAAAGGUUGAAACGGGAGAUGAACUUUACAUGCAGAACUUGAAAUCCUUAACACUGGAGUGGAAAUAUCUGUUUUAGUUGUUUCAUUUAAAUCCGAUGUAAAAUACAUAACAAGUCUGUGGCACAAUACAAACCAUAUGAGUGGGAAGUCUGUGGCACAAUACAAACCAUAUGAGUGGGAAGUCUGUGGCACAAUACAAACCAUAUGAGUGGGAAGUCUGUGGCACAAUACAAACCAUAUGAGUGGGAAGUCUGUGGCACAAUACAAACCAUAUGAGUGGGAAGUCUGUGGCACAAUACAAACCAUAUGAGUGGGAAGUCUGUGGCACAAUACAAACCAUAUGAGUGGGAAGUCCGUGGCACAAUACAAACCAUAUGAGUGGCAAGUCCGUUGCACAAUACAAACCAUAUGAGUGGCAAGUCUGUGGCACAAUACAAACCAUAUGAGUGGCAAGUCUGUGGCACAAUACAAACCAUAUGAGUGGGAAGUCUGUGGCACAAUACAAACCAUAUGAGUGGGAAGUCUGUGGCACAAUACAAACCAUAUGAGUGGGAAGUCUGUGGCACAAUACAAACCAUAUGAGUGGGAAGUCUGUGGCACAAUACAAACCAUAUGAGUGGGAAGUCUGUGGCACAAUACAAACCAUAUGAGUGGGAAGUCUGUGGCACAAUACAAACCAUAUGAGUGGGAAGUUUGUGGCACAAUACAAACUAUAUGAGUGGGAAGUCUGUGGCACAAUACAAACCAUAUGAGUGGCCAAUAAACUUUUAACACUUCUUCUGUAAUAUACCUAUUUUUUUAUGCACUAAAUUUUUAGAGCAUUAUCAAAUUUUGACAGUUUUGGUUAGUGCAUUAAUGAAUUGGCAAAAUAUGCAAUAGACAGCCAUAUACAGGAACUAAAAUUGAUACAAUCCUAAUUGAGUGCAAUAUUUUAAGUGUAAGAAGUGCUAAACUAAAACUAUCACUAAAAUUAAGUAUUUUUACUGUAAAUGAAAUGAAUGAACGACUUUGCAAAUAAUAUAUCGGAUCUCCUAAACGAGUCUGCUUACAGCUGUUGUAAGGGAGGUAACUAUUAAGAUUUACUAUCUUGCCAUUCUUUUCUUUAUCAAUUCACAAUUCAAGUGUUUACAGGAAAAUGUACUCUCAUUUUCUAUAAGUCAAGGAAAAUUGAUAAUCAAAAAUCAUUUUUUUUGCAGUACAAUGUUUUAUUGACUUAAGUAUUCAUACUGUUUUGCUCAAUGUCUGGAUGAACUUUCAUUGCUAGAUUUAAGCUGACAGUGCAAGUUAAAAAGCUUUCAAUUGAGAUUUAAAAAAAUAAAAUAUUUUUUUUAUUCUGGUUUUGAGAACUUCCCCAGUGACAAUCUCUCCUGGCUGACUAAGGAAGCGCAGACAUUUUAGAAUGUACUUGCUAAGUAACGAGUAUGGGUCUCGCUAGGUAUAAAAAGUGCAUUGUGACACUACUACUACUAGUAUACUAUACCCAAACUCAAAACCAGAGAGAGAAAAAAAUGUUUAAAUCUCAAUUGAAAGCUUUAUAACUUGCACUGUCAGCUUUAGGAACUGCAGGUUUCUGUAGAUAAAUAGAAGUUUAAAAACAUGAGGAUAUGAAAAAAUCUUAUAGUGACAAGAAAAUCAAAAAGUUCAGUGACACAAUGUAGUAAAACUUACAUGCUUCACAACAUAUACUUAAAUAACAGUUCAAAUGUAGCAGAUUUUUCAGACAACGGCCCAAGAAGCAAAAUAGAAAGUUCUGUUGUUUCUCUUAAUCGAGGUUCUGCUCUAGUGUUGAAACAUGUGCUCCUUCAAGUAAGCCCAAUUAUAUUGGUCAUUACUAACUUACUAAUGUCCCUGGAAGUGAGAAAAAUUGUGUGUGAUCUAUGGAGAAAUUAACAGUUUUGGAUGAAUCUGUAUGUAUUAAUAAUAUAAACUUUUCAUAUUUAACUAACUUAUUGUGAAGUGUAUAAAAAUAUUAAUAUUAACGUUAUACACUUUACAUAAUAACAGAUCUUAUUGUGUUAAGGUACAGAAGGAUAUAUUUAUGUGUUUGUUUUCAAUUUUACUUUCUGAUUUACAUUGAGUUACAAUGUUUUUGAGGAUGGAAAAUCGGUUGAGUAUUAUUUAACAGUUACUGUUGUGAUUUCAUGAUAAUGCGUUUUAUGCGGGGGAAUUUUAGACUACCCAUACUAUUCCUAGUAACAGAAAUAUUUGAAUCUUUUGGUUGUUUUGUGUUCGAGAUGAGAAGGUACAAUGUUAACAGUAUGUAAUAUUUAGUGACAUUAUACAUAUGUAUAUGAAGUAUGUAAACCUCAUUUCUAGUAAAGUAUUUGUUUUAUGUGUGGAAGAAAAUAUUUGUAACACAUGUCACUACAUGACAUUUUCAUCAGAUGGUUGAUUCUGAUAUGUUGGACAAAAUUUCUACCAUCUAUCUUAAACUUGGGGAAUCGUCUUACCUUUUAAGUGUGCAAAAUCUACACAGAUUUCCCUGAAUACUGGUGUCUUAAACUUCAUAUUUUACUACUUCUUACAAUGAGACUUAAUGUCACUUUACCAGCAACGUGAAGGACGGAAUCAUGUUGUCAGAAAAAACUGUCAGUUCAGUCCAGAUUAAUGAUGGUCAAACAGUGUUUCAGUAAAACACAGUAAAUGUCCAAGGAUCUCUUCAGAUCUUUCCUAAGUAAGCAUGUAGCAGACAUAACCAGCAUGUUGGGUGUCAGUAAAGUCAGGUUUCGCUGAAUAAUUUUUAGUUCAAAUGAUUUUAAAACACCAACUUAAUUGUCACAGAUGUACCCUUUUAAAAGGGGUUCCUUACAAGAUAACUUGUAAUAUAUAUUUUAUGAACCUUAUUGUGCAUUUUACAAUAGUAUAUACAGUAUUGACACUUUCAAAGAGCCCAUAAUUGAUUUAGUUGUUAAUAUAUUUAAGGGAGAUAACUUCUGCACAAAUUACUUCCUAAUACCGGUAUGUAAGGUAGGAUAUAUAUAUAUAUGCUUCAAAGUCAUAAUGUUUUGAGAAAAAAAAAGAUUCGCAUACAUUACAUCUAUAUACUUUAUAUCUGUGACUUGCUGCUGAAGAAUUAAACUCAUAGACAGGAACCUAGGAAUACGGUUUGCCCCUCCAGCUGACAGACUCCUGUCCAAUUACUUACUGGUACUGGGUUUAUAAUCAAUUGGAUACAAAAAUCAAUUAAAAGGUAAUGGAAAACAGUAUUAUCAGGCUUUGUUAACAGUAUCAUCAGGCAUUGUUAACAGUAUUUACAGUAAUAAUUAACAGUUUUACAGUAAGCGUUGAUAACGGUACAAGAAGUGAUGGUUUCUGGUAUUUUGGUGACAGUUGAAAGUCUGUAAUGAUGCAAGUCUGAUUGAUUAAUGUAAUUAACACAAAACCUGUACAACACCUGCUCUCUAAAAUAAUUUCUCUUGUCAAUACACUCUCCAUUUACUUGUUAAUGCCGAAAAAUAUGAUCUCAUGAAGGGUGAUGGAAAAACACACUCGACACCUAAUUAAUUUUGUAUGAAUGAGAAGUUGUCACCAAAUGAUGCAUGGUGGACAACAAUAUGUAUUUUAUGAUUGUAUUGUUUGCAUACAAAGUAUGUUGUCAUGUAUUAUCAUGAAAUCCUUCAUUUCUAAGUCAAAUUAUUUACUAAUAUUAAUUUCUACUGCUUACAAUGUUGUAAAGCUUGUAAUUUACAUGGUCCUGGAGACAUGUAUUGGUGUAGUGAUUUAUAGUUUUACAAUGUUGUGAAGCUGGUAAUUUACAUGGUCCUGGAGACAUGUAUCAAUGUAGUGAUUUAUAGUUUUUACAUGGUCCUGGAGACAUGUAUUGGUGUAGUGAUUUAUAGUUUUACAAUGUUGUGAAGCUGGUAAUUUACAUGGUCCUGGAGACAUGUAUCGGUGUAGUGAUUUAUAGUUCGAUGUUUGUAUAUCUGCCAAACCUUUUAACAUGUAUAUUAAAGCAAUCCAAACCAGACACUUGUUUGUUUUCUCCUUUCCAUGACACAAAACAGGAGAA